AUGAUCCGCCAGCGCUACCGCCUCAAGCACAAGAUCGGAGACGCCCUCUACGGCUCCGUCUGUGCCUGCGAGGACACGCACAACGACGACGAGCUCGUGGCCAUCAAACAGGCCUCUCUCGAGCUGGCCACCACGCUGCUCGCCGUGCAACCGAACGCCGACAACCCGUGGCACGAGCGACGCGCCAUCACCAAACUGCUGGCGCUGCCGCCGCACCCCAAUAUCGUCCACUUCCGCCAGGAAUUCCUGCACAACGAGUCCUGGUUCGCCGUCAUGGAGCACUGCUCCGAGGGAGACCUCUGGGACCGAGUGCGUGGCUCGCCGAACGGCCGAGUGCCGGAGCAUGAGGCACUGCGGCUGUUCCGCCAGGUCACGCUCGGCCUGCACUUCCUGCACUCGAACGGCAUCGCGCACCGAGAUGUGUCGCUCGAGAACGUGUUGCUGCGCGACGGUGUGUGCAAGCUCUCGGACUUCGGACUCGCCACUGAUGCUGAUCGCACGUGCGUCGGAGCAUUGGGCAAGGCUAACUACAUGGCCCCUGAGGUGGUGGCGGGCGAGGCAUAUGCGCCUGUCGCCGCCGACAUGUGGUCACUGGGCAUUGUGCUCUUCAUGAUGCUGACCGGGUCGCCGUUAGUGAACCAGGCGUCGGAAAGUGAGACCGAUUUUGCCGGCUUCCUCCAGCUCGGAGUCCGUGGCGUGAUCAAGGCAUGGAAAGUGCCGUCUGAUGUUUCCGAGGAGGUGUGCGAGCUUAUGUCAGCGUUGUUGCGAUGUGAUCCAGUGGAACGCCCGUCGACUUCCGAUCUGCUCGCGCACCCGUUGCUGCUGGAGUAA